AUGGCACGGGCUUUAUGGUUUACUAUGUUGCAUGAGGAGGUGCCACUUGCAAUGAAGCUCACGGCCGACGGCGGCAGCAGCAUGGAGAAAGAGGCGGCCAUCGCAAUGAAGUUGACGGAGGACGGCGGCAGCGAAGACGAGGAGGAGGAGCCUGCCCUCCCCGUGAACCUGCUCGAGCACCACGGCGGCUCCUGCUCGGGGGAGGCCGACGGCGGCCUAGGCGGCUGGGCGUCGGCCGGCGCGAGCACGCUCUCGGUGCUCCACGACCACGCGCCGCCUCCGCUCUCGGCCACGGCGGAGGACGUGCCGUGCGCGCGCAAGCGGAAGCCGAGCGGCCGGUACGUCCUCGCCGCGCACCGGGCGGACGAGAAGGACGGCCUUUGCCGGGAAAUAACUUGCGCGCCCAAGCCCAAGGUCACGUACCGGGUGGCCGGCUGGGUUGCCCUGGAGGGCGGCCCCGGCGCGGAUGGCGGCCACCCCGUGCACGUCGAGGUCCGCACGCACGACGGCGCGCGGGUCGGCGGCGGCGUGCUGGUGGCCGAGCCGGGGAAGUGGGCCGAGAUCAAGGGCGCGUUCCGGGUCGACGAGCACCCGCGCCGCGCCGAGGUUUACGUCCAUGGCCCGCCGGCCGGGGUGGACAUCAAGGUCAUGGACAUGCGCGUGUGCGCCGUGGACAAGAUCGCAAGGCUCAGGCACCUCAGGAAGAAGACGGACAAGGUGCGCAAGCGUGACGUGGUGCUCAAGUUCAGCCGGCCGUCGGAGGACGGGGCCGACGCGUCGGCGGCGGUGAAGGGCGCGUCUAUCCGCGUGGUCCAGGUGGAGAACAGCUUCCCGAUCGGCGCGUGCAUCAGCAAGUCGUCCAUCCAGAACCCGGCCUUCGUCGACUUCUUCACCAAGCACUUCGACUGGGCGGUGCUGGAGAACGAGCUCAAGUGGUACUACACGGAGCCCGUCCAGGGCCAGGUGAGCUACGCCGACGCCGACGAGCUCAUCGCCUUCUGCGACCGGCUCAAGAAGCCGGUGCGCGGGCACUGCAUCUUCUGGGCCGUGGAGAACUCGGUGCAGCCGUGGGUGCGCGCCCUCAACACCGACCAGCUCAGGGCCGCCGUGGAGUCCCGCAUCCGGGGCCUCGUCGCCCGCUACAGCGGCCGCUUCCCGCACUACGAGGUGAACAACGAGAUGCUCCACGGCGCCUUCUUCCGGCAGCGCCUCGGCGACGACAUCGACGCGCACAUGUUCCGGGAGACGGCGGCCAUCGACCCGGCCCCGGCGCUCUUCGUCAACGACUACAACGUGGAGAGCGCCAACGACCCCAACGCGACGCCGGAGAAGUACGUGGCGCUGAUCACCGACCUGCAGAGGCGCGGCGCGGCCGUGGGCGGGAUCGGGGUGCAGGGCCACGUCACGCACCCGGUGGGCGACGUCAUCUGCGACGCGCUGGACAAGCUGGCCGCCACGGAGCUCCCCGUGUGGAUCACGGAGCUGGACGUGUCGGCCGCGGACGAGGCGGUGCGCGCCGACGACCUGGAGGUGGUGCUGCGCGAGGCGUUCGCGCACCCGGCCGUGGAGGGGAUCAUGCUGUGGGGGUUCAUGCAGGGCCACAUGUGGCGCUCCCACGGGCAGCUGCUCAACGCCGACGGCACCAUCAGCCAGGCCGGGAACAGGUUCGUGGGGCUCCGCCAGGAGUGGACGUCGCACGCGCGCGGCAAGGUGGACGCCAACGGCCACUUCAAGUUCAGGGGGUUCCACGGCAAGUACGUCGUGGAGCUGGCCGCCGGCGCCGGCGGGAAGCAGGUCAGGCGCGCGUUCGACGUGCACAAGGGGGACGCACCGCUCGUCGUGGACAUGAACCUGUGA